AUGGCCGGCGCGUGGGACGCGGUCGAUGGCGGUCACGUCGACUGGGAGAGGCCGACGGACAAGAGCUCGGCGGGCGAGGGCGAGGGCGAGGGCGAGGGCGCCAGGAGUUGUGUGAAGGGCGAGGGAGGGGCGGAGAGUGCGGAGAGGGGGCUGGGCUGGCUGGGCUGGGCAGCGAGUUGGUCGUGUGCGCAGGUGCUCGACUCUUGUGCUACGGCUGUGUCGCUGGUCUUAGGUCCUAGGGUGGCGCGUACUGUAGCAAGCAGCAGGAGGAGGAAUUCCCGAUGGUCUGAGGCAAGCCAAGCCAAGUCGGCGAGCACGCAGCGUCGCAGCAAUCGCCAAGCGUUGCGCUCUGAUUUCGAUUGUGCUGAGCAGGUUAGGCGGGAACAAGGCGGUGGAAUGCCCGAAAUCUGUUGCUGCCCGAGAAGGCCUCUCCAGCUCAACUCGACUCAGUAUGGCUCUCUCAGAUUGCCGGGCAUACCCCAUACACCACACACCACACACCACCACACCACCACAUUACUUAGCCAUUCAUCUGCCAAGCGAGCACGGCAGAGCACCGGCGGCAACGUUGCUAUCGCCAUCCCCGCCCCCGCCCCCACACGCCCUUCCGCUCCCAUAGCAGACGCAGGUCCUUCUCGAAGCAGUGUGAUCGAACAACUACCGACAUAUUCAUCUACACAACUACGCACUCUUUUGCUUCGACGUGCUGCCCGCCAUCAUCAUGUCCACGCUCGCCAAGCUACCACUGGACGCCAGUGCUUCACAGCUCCAUGUCCACUGCACCAGGCCACAGCAUGCGACUUCGCGGAGAAGACGCCCAAGAUGACACACAUAUCGCUGAACGAAUCGAACUUACUACCGUGUCCCCGAGUCAUGUUCAUGCAUCUGCCGAAAAGGAACCAUCUACUUUAUCUUGUCUUCACUUUCUGCUCCCAGGAACAGCAAUGCAGCAUUGCCAUCAAACGACUCGCCAUCUUGCAACAUACUAGUCAUCAACUCAGGACGAGAAUGAUACACUCGCAACGCACAAAGCACAUGGAAGGUGGUUACCCUUGGGCCCCCUUGCGCAAUCCCUCUGACCAUCGAGAUUCAACCGGACGGCGGAGGGAUCAAGAAACCUUGGAAGCCCAAGCUCCUGCCGUCCAUACCGGAAUUCUUCCCGACACGUCCAGGUGGUUGCACGAGAGCUCACGAGCCCAUAUGCGAUCACUACCUAGGUAG